AAAACUUGUCUGGUCCACCCACUUGUUCUUGCAAAUUCCUUUUUAAUAUUUUUAGUAGAAUUCUUGCUUUUAUUUCAAUAGCUAGAUUUUAAGUGAAGUUGAUCUUUAGAUUUAAAAAUGUUAAAGCCAUUUUUGUGUAUAGUUUUGUGUGUGGUUUUUGUGAAAUGCCAUCCAACGAUGUACCGAAUGAAUGAGAAUAAUGUAUUAGAAGCAGACUUAGUACCUAUAUCAUCAACAGUUAUACCCCUUCCAGUAUAUCAAGUUGGUUAUGGUAUAGAUGUGUUGUCAUCUCACAAAGACCGUAAUGCAGCAAAACCAGAAGGACCUAUAUAUUUAGAAACAGUGUAUACCAAGAAAAAACCUAUUCCAGCUGUAAAAUCUAAGCCUUCUUCUGAUGUGUCAACAGUUAAACAAGUGUCCAAAGCGGAGUACGAAAAUUAAACAUCACUUUGAAAGCUGAGCUACUAAUCAUACUAAAAAUCUACCAAAAAUAUUGUUACCAAUUAAAUAUAUAUUUAUUGUAGAAUUGCAUAGAUUUUUCAUUUUAAAAAUAAAACUGUAAAUUAAUGUAAAAUGCAUUGUAUAAUAUAAUACUAUAACAAAAAGAGUUAAUACUA